UCGUCUUCUUCGUCACCGUCUUCUUCUUUUCUUCGUAGCUAGUCGGCCGGCCGGAAUCAGCCAUGGCGGCGCUGCAAUACCUGGACUCGCUUCGCAAUGCCCACCCCGAACUCUCCGAUUGGUACACUAACCUCGCGGAUCUGUACCAGAGAAAGCUCUGGCACCAGCUCACUCUCAAGCUGGAGGAAUUCGUUUCUCUGUCCGUCUUUCAGGCUGGAGAUGCACUGAUACAGUUUUAUCAUAAUUUCAUCACUGACUUCGAGACAAAGAUCAAUCUUCUCAAAUUGGCACAUUUCUGUGUCAUUGUUUCUCGGCAGUACCCAGAGAAAGAAGCUGCUAUUAGUUAUCUAGAAGGUGUGAUUGAGAAACUGCGUAGUGCUAAAGAAAUGCGCAUAGAGGAACCCAUCGUUUAUAUUAAGAUGCAAAUUGCAUUGCUUAAGCUCGAACAAGGGGAUCAAAAGGGGUGCAAGAAUCUUUUGGAAGAGGGAAACAGUACACUUGAUAGCAUGACUGAUAUUGAUCCAUCUGUGCAUGCAAGCUAUUAUUGGGUUUCCUCUCAGUAUCACAAGUUUCGGCAAGAAUUCGCUGAAUUCUAUAAGAGUGCUCUCCUCUAUCUUGCUUAUACUUCAGUGGAGUCUCUAUCUGAUGCAUUUAAGUUGGAUUUGGCAUUUGACCUGUCACUGUCAGCAUUGCUUGGAGAUAAUGUAUACAACUUCGGAGAGUUACUUGCACAUCCCAUUAUCAAGAGUCUCUUGGGGACAAAGGUAGAGUGGCUCUACCAUAUUCUUGAAGCAUUCAAUGCUGGAGAUUUGAUUCGCUAUCAGUCAUUGUGCAACGUCCAUCAAGGUGCAUUAAAUUCUCAACCAGCACUGGUGCAAAAUGAGAAAAAGCUCUUGGAAAAAAUCAACAUUCUAUGUUUGAUGGAAAUCAUCUUCAGGCGCCCGUCUGAGGAUAGAACCAUCCCGCUGAGUAUCAUUGCAGAGCGCACAAGAUUAACGGUUGAAGAUGUGGAGUACCUCCUUAUGAAGAGUCUUUCUGUGCAUCUGAUAGAGGGAAUAAUUGACCAAGUGGAGGGAAGCGUUUAUGUUUCUUGGGUGCAACCUAGGGUUCUGGGCAUUCCCCAAAUCAAGUCUUUGCGCGAUCGUCUCGACAGCUGGGUUGACAAAGUACACUCUGCCUUGUUGUCUGUGGAGGCCGAAACGCCUGACCUUGUUGCAGCCUGAUACCUUCCCCCUCUCUCUCUCUCUCUCUCGUCUUCUCUUUCGUGUCUUAACCGGGACGAAAAGUAAAGAUGCGAUUUGGCCUCUUUUCAUCGUAUUGUAAAUGGCUGCAAAACUUCUGCAUCCAUUAAAAUUAUUACUGUAAACUCAGCUGCACCACUUUUUAACUCAUUCCAUACUUGCAUGAAUUCAACUUUGAUGUUUUCUUUCGUAUUAGGUUUUUGUUACAAAUAGUAUCUUCGAGUAAUUUUUAUGAACUCCCAUUGGUAAAACAAAAUGCUUUCUUUUUU